CCCGCGGCCGGCCGCCCGCUCGCCCCGUCCCCUGCCCGCCGCCGCCGGAGCCGCCGCGCCGGGAGGAUGCGACGCACCACAGUUUUCUAAGAACGGAAGCAUCUGGACUGGAUGGAAUUUAGCAUCUUUCAGUUUAGAAAGUUGUAAAGUACGUAAAGAUGAAGCAGGCACCUGAAAUCCUUGGCAGUGCAAAUGGGAAGACUCAGAACUGUGAGAUGAACCGUGAAUGCUCCGUGUUUCUCAGCAAAGCCCAGCUCUCCAACAGUCUGCAGGAGGGGGUUGUACAGAAAUUCAAUGGCCACGAUGCACUUUCCUUUAUUCCAGCUGAGAAGUUGAAAGAUCUUACUUCCCGUGUGUUUAAUGGAGAACCUGGAGCUCAUGAUGCCAAAUUGCGGUUUGAGUCCCAGGAAGUGAGAGGACUUGGGACACCACCCAACACUACCCCUAUCAAAAAUGGCUCUCCAGAAAUUAAGCUGAAAAUUACCAAAACAUACAUGAAUGGGAAACCUCUCUUUGAAUCUUCCAUUUGUGGUGACAGUGCUGCUGAUGUGUCCCAGUCUGAAGAAAAUAGACAAAAACCAGAAAACAAGACAAGAAGGAACAGGAAGAGGAGCAUAAAAUAUGACUCCUUCCUGGAGCAGGGCCUUGUCGAAGCAGCUCUAGUGUCCAAGAUCUCAAGUCCUUCUGAUCAAAAGAUUCCAGCCAAAAAAGAGUCCUGUCCAAACACUGGCAGAGACAAAGACCACCUCUUGAAAUACAACAUCGGAGAUUUGGUGUGGUCCAAAGUAUCGGGUUACCCUUGGUGGCCUUGCAUGGUUUCUGCUGAUCCACUCCUUCACAACUACACCAAACUUAAAGGUCAGAAAAAGAGUGCACGCCAGUAUCAUGUACAGUUCUUUGGUGAUGCCCCAGAAAGAGCUUGGAUAUUCGAGAAGAGCCUUGUAGCUUUUGAAGGAGAAGAACAGUUUGAAAAGUUAUGCCAGGAGAGUGCCAAACAGGCACCCACGAAGGCUGAGAAAAUUAAGCUGUUGAAACCCAUUUCAGGGAAAUUGAGGGCCCAGUGGGAAAUGGGCAUCAUUCAAGCAGAAGAAGCUGCAGGCAUGUCAGUGGAGGAGCGGAAAGCCAAGUUCACCUUUGUCUACGUGGGUGACCAGCUUCAUCUCAACCCUCAAGUAGCUAAGGAAGCUGGCAUUGCUGUGGAGUCUUUGGGAGAAAUGGUAGAAUCCUCAGGAGUUAGUGAAGAAGUUGCUGAAAACCCCAAGUCCACGAGAGAAGAGGGCAUUCCCAUGAAGAGAAGGCGAAGAGCCAGACCGUCUGGCUCUGCCGAGAACCACGAGGAUGACCCCGGCACAGUGAAGAGCACCCCUCAGAAGACAGCAGAAGCAGACUCCAGAAGAGGAGUUGGGUCUCCUCCUGGGAGGAAGAAGGCCACGGCCUCUACUCCGCGAAGCAGGAGAGGAGAUGCAGCAUCCCAGUUUUUGGUCUUCUGUCAAAAGCACAGGGAUGAGGUUGUUGCUGAGCACCCAGAUGCCUCAGAUGAGGAAAUUGAAGAAAUGCUUGGAUCCCAGUGGAAUAUGCUCAACGAAAAGCAGAAAGCACGCUAUAAUACAAAGUUUGCCCUAUUGACCUCUGCCCAGUCUGAAGAAGACUCUGGUAACUUAAAUGGGAAAAAAAGAAACCACACAAAGAGGACACAGGACCCUACAGAAGAUGUUGAAGUUGAGGAUGCACCUAGGAAAAGACUCAGGAUGGACAAGCACAGUCUUCGGAAGAGAGAUACAAUCACUGACAAAACGGCCAGAACAAGCUCUUACAAGGCCACAGAGGUAGUCUCCUCUCUCAAGAGCCCAGCAGCAACGAAAAAUCUGUCUGAUGCAUGCAAACCACUGAAGAAACGAAAUCGGGCUUCCACAGCAGCGUCUUCAGCUCUUGGGUUUAGCAAAAGUUCAUCUCCUUCUGCAUCCUUAACUGAGAAUGAGGUCUCAGACAGCCCGGGAGACGAGCCCUCAGAGUCCCCAUAUGAAAGUGCAGAUGAAACACAGACUGAAGCGUCCGUCUCAUCUAAAAAGUCAGAGCGUGGAGUGACCGCCAAAAAGGAGUACGUGUGUCAGCUGUGUGAGAAGACAGGCAGCCUCUUGCUGUGUGAAGGUCCCUGCUGCGGAGCAUUCCACCUCGCCUGCCUCGGGCUUUCCCGGAGACCGGAAGGGAGGUUCACCUGCAGUGAGUGUGCCUCAGGGAUUCACUCAUGUUUUGUGUGUAAGGAGAGCAAGACAGAUGUCAAGCGCUGUGUUGUGACUCAGUGUGGAAAAUUUUACCACGAAGCUUGUGUGAAAAAAUACCCUCUGACUGUGUUUGAGAGUCGAGGCUUUCGCUGCCCUCUGCACAGCUGUGUGAGCUGCCAUGCUUCAAACCCUUCAAACCCAAGACCAUCCAAAGGUAAAAUGAUGCGGUGCGUCCGCUGCCCUGUUGCCUACCAUGGAGGGGAUGCUUGUCUGGCAGCCGGGUGCUCGGUGAUUGCUUCCAACAGCAUCAUCUGCACGAGUCACUUCACUGCUCGGAAAGGGAAGAGGCACCACGCCCACGUCAACGUGAGCUGGUGCUUUGUGUGCUCCAAAGGGGGAAGCCUUCUUUGCUGCGAGUCCUGCCCAGCGGCCUUCCACCCCGACUGCCUGAACAUCGAGAUGCCUGAUGGAAGCUGGUUCUGCAACGACUGCAGGGCUGGGAAGAAGCUACAUUUCCAAGAUAUUAUCUGGGUUAAACUUGGGAAUUACAGAUGGUGGCCAGCAGAAGUUUGCCAUCCCAAAAAUGUUCCCCCAAAUAUUCAGAAAAUGAAGCACGAGAUUGGAGAAUUCCCUGUGUUUUUCUUUGGGUCUAAAGAUUAUUACUGGACGCAUCAGGCGCGAGUGUUCCCAUACAUGGAGGGGGACCGGGGCAGCCGCUACCAAGGGGUCAGAGGGAUCGGAAGAGUCUUCAAAAACGCACUGCAAGAAGCUGAAGCUCGUUUUCGUGAAAUCAAACUUCAAAGGGAAGCCCGAGAGACACAGGAGAGUGAGCGGAAGCCCCCGCCGUAUAAGCACAUCAAGGUGAAUAAGCCUUAUGGGAAAGUUCAGAUCUAUACAGCUGAUAUUUCUGAAAUCCCAAAGUGCAACUGUAAGCCCACAGAUGAGAAUCCCUGUGGCUUUGAUUCGGAGUGUUUAAACAGGAUGCUGAUGUUCGAGUGCCACCCGCAGGUGUGUCCUGCGGGCGAGUACUGCCAGAACCAGUGUUUCACCAAGCGCCAGUACCCCGAGACCAAGAUCAUCAGGACAGACGGCAAAGGGUGGGGCCUGGUCGCCAAGAGGGAUAUCAGAAAGGGAGAAUUUGUCAAUGAGUAUGUUGGGGAGCUGAUUGAUGAGGAGGAGUGCAUGGCAAGGAUCAAGUACGCGCAUGAGAACGACAUCACCCACUUCUACAUGCUCACCAUAGACAAGGACCGUAUAAUUGAUGCUGGCCCCAAAGGAAACUAUUCUCGAUUUAUGAAUCACAGCUGCCAGCCCAACUGUGAGACCCUCAAGUGGACAGUGAAUGGUGACACCCGAGUGGGCCUAUUUGCUGUGUGUGACAUUCCUGCAGGGACAGAGCUGACUUUUAAUUAUAAUCUUGAUUGUUUGGGCAACGAAAAAACGGUCUGUCGAUGCGGAGCUUCCAAUUGCAGCGGAUUCCUUGGGGACAGGCCAAAGACCUCAGCAUCCCUUUCUUCAGAGGAAAAGGGCAAAAAGACGAAGAAGAAGACCAGGAGGCGUCGAGCAAGAGGGGAGGGGAGGAGGCAGUCAGAGGACGAGUGCUUCCGCUGUGGCGACGGUGGCCAGCUGGUGCUGUGUGACCGCAAGCUCUGCACCAAGGCUUAUCACCUGUCCUGCCUAGGCCUGGGCAAGCGGCCCUUCGGGAAGUGGGAAUGUCCUUGGCACCACUGUGACGUGUGUGGCAAACCUUCCACUUCAUUUUGCCACCUGUGCCCCAAUUCGUUUUGUAAGGACCACCAAGAUGGGACAGCCUUCAGCUCCACCCAGGAUGGGCAGUCAUAUUGCUGCGAGCAUGACUUGGGGACAGAAUCAGGUAGAAGCACCAAGACUGAGAAACCCUUUCCAGGACCAAUGAAGUCGAAGGGCAAGAGAAAGAAAAGAAGGUGUUGGCGGAGGGUCACAGAAGGCAAAUAGCGCCGGGCGCAGCUUGGCCAGAUCCAGGGGCGGCGACGGGCAGCCAGCCCUGCCUGCGGGGAGAGGGCCAGCAUGGGACUGGCCCGGAGGACCCAGGUCAUAGCCGCGCGACAGACGUAUAGGCCUCCUGGGAGGGAGCGCCUCCCACCACUGAGCCACCCUCGGCAGCGUCCGCUGCGUCUGCACUGAUCACCGUCGGAGCCAUGGGGCUCGGCAUCCCAGGACACACAAGCCUUACUACACAGCAUUACAGCUACACUUGAAUUUCUAUGAUGUCAAGGUGCCCUCCCACUUUAUUUUUUUAGGUUAAAGGUAUGGUCAAAAAUUAAUUGGCAUAUGAAAUGUUUUUAUCUCACCUGAAAUGUAUAGAAUAGUAUUUUUCCUAAAGGAUCACUAUUAACUCUUUAAUCCUAAUAUUGCUCAGCAUCUGCUUACAGUGUUGUCCUCACUCAGGAGAGAACAGGGUGGGGUCUGCGCAGGGACAGACCUUGGAUUCCCUGGAAACCAUGAUUUUGAUCAUCAUUUUGCUCUUUGGAAAGUUGUAUGAUUUUUUUUUGUACUAAUGUGAAUUUUUCCUCAAAAUGCUUCUUUUCCAUCCUAGUGAGAAGCUGGCCCCACGGGUGGCGAGAGUGGCAGUGUUGUAAGGCCUCCUCCCACAGUACUCUCUUCACGGAUCUGGACUAAGUGCCAGGCCGUCUUUCCUGGUCUGGCUGGUCGGGCCACUUCUCACCUGGGACUGUCUUCUGAACACACUAGGUUAUCAACAUUUGGGGGAAAACCUUGUAUAUUUUUUUCAUUUGGUUUUUCUUUACCAGUUUCUGGCUUUUGUUGUCAGUUUAUUUUUUGCUAAACCUGUUUCACGAAUCACCACCAACUGAAAUGUGUAUUUACUGAUGUGACCCUGAGUUCUCAGGGCAAGACGGCAUGACUCAGUAGGGGCAUGACACCAUAGUCUGUGCAGAAUCCAGGAAGUGAGGACGUAGGGAAUCCCUGAGGGUGCUGUCAGUGACAGGCACUGGUCUGGCAGGGACCCAGCGGCUCGGUCUGAGGAGACACCCAGAGUUCAGAACUGGUGCCAUGUAAAGUGGUUUCCGUCUCAUCACUAUGUGGGCCUGUCAGCAGACGACGUGGAUUGUGCUGCGACAGCCAGGGCACCAAGAAGCACUUCUCCCAGGGCCCGAGGCCUGCCUGGUGUAUGCAUGCCUGCUCUGAUGCCCGUCUCCCCAUGAGGCUUCAAUUAUCUUAUGUAUUGUUAAAAGGCCCAGCCCCCACAAAGUGAGAAAUAUCUGAGAAGUACUAAGCUCUCUUUGGAAGACUCGAUUCUUAUUUUCUGAGGGUUCCUCUUGACCCUGGGAAGUUUGGAGCAUCCCGAGAAAGGAGGAAGGCACUUGUGUGGCCUGAGGGGCUGCCUGUCUCCACGCCAGGGGGCGAGAGACCCCUCAGCAGCAGGUGCUUUUUCUUAAUCUAAGGAGAACAUCUAUUUGCAGAAAAGUUUAGUUAUUCCUCAAAACUGCACCUGAGGCUGCCUCUUUCUUUCACAUCCUCUCAUCUCACCGUGUAGUGUGGCGGUCUAUGCUGGGCCUAAGAUUGACUGCUCAUGGCUCUGACCUGCACUUGUGCUGCAGGUGUGAGGACCUGCAGGGUCCGGCACCUCCCGCAGCACUGACCAGGAGAAAGUUUUACUGACUGGUGGCCGUCCCAUUAGCCUUUCUCCUAUCAUGGUCCAAAAAAAGUAACCAUACAAAGGACCAAAAGAAAAAAGCAAAAGCUUUGCAGUUGGCUGACUCCUUCUGCACGUGUAGGCUGCGACCUCUGGAAACGCACCUGCCUGUAAGACAGGUGACUGGGUGUAUUUUUUCAGUUUACAACUCUAGAACUCUAACUUCUCUCAAAUUGUCUUCACAAAAUACUGGAUUGGUCCAGAUUUAUGCUGUUUAUGCCCUAAAUUCGGAAGGUUGUUCCGGUGACAGGCUGCGUGGCAUCCCCAAGUGCACAUGGCUCUGGCUUUUGGAGCCCCUGGCCCUGGGGACUCCUCUGACAGGUGUGGACUCAUGUCACUUGUCAAAAAAGAUCCUUUCCUACCAGCCGAGGGACUUCUGCAUAAGAUCCAACAUUAGAAUUGGUUUUGCAGUACACUUUGGGGAGCAGACCAACUUUUGUAUGUGACAAUAGUAAAAUCUUACGAUUUUUGAGUCACUUUGAUAUUAUUUCUAAAUUAUUUUAUAUUCUGAAGGAAAUAUGCAAAAAUCUUAAAUGUGGUUUCCCUUUCAAAAACUUAAAACUAAUGAUCAAGUAACACUAACUUUGAAAAUUUGUAGACGACUGAUUUAUAAAUCCAAGUAACACAAGGAUUUGCAGUAGUGGCUCUGAACUUGAAGGGCCUUUCCCCUUCGGGGCUGGCACACAGCCGUGACCGUGACAUGACCAGUUCUCUGACCUGCCAGCUUUUGUUCUGAGUCUGGGGGAGACUUGUUUUUGAGGGCUGGCUUUCUGAACAUCUGUCUCAAUCCUUUGUCAAUGUGAACAAAACACAGCAAACUGUCAAGCUCCUCAGGUCUCCUUGGCAUCAGAAACGCACUGCAUGCUGCGCCUAGACCUGUGUUGCACACACCGGGGGCGUGUCUGUGCCAGGACUGGCCUGAGGACAUGGGUGUCUGGCACACUGUGUGUGCAGUCACAGGGAUGUGGCCACUCGUGGGGAAAUGCCUCUGGCACCUAAAGUGCUGAGGAUCCAGUUGUCCUGUCCUCUGAGGAACAGCCCUCCCUUCCCCGCGAUGCCUGCCCAGGGCUGCCUGGGUCCCACACACUCAGGUUUGCGCUUCUCGAUACCUUUGAAGUAUUUAUCUUGACAUCUAAACCAUGAUGCAUACAAUGCCCAUCUUCCAGAAUUACCUUAUUUUUAAUUGUAAUUAAAGAUAAGCCUGUUUUAAUUAAAGUUAACUCAAGCUGUCAGUUGCCAAAUAUCUUGAUCCUGUAAGUGUAGCUGAUGACUGUUAGGCAGUCGAGUAAGAUACUGUGUCCACUGGGCACCGUGGUGUCACCAGACCCUGUUGAUGUGAAAUGCCCCGUCAGAAAUUAAAUAUAAAUUUGAACAUACCUAUUGGUGUCUAAAUUUGAUACAAUGUAAGGUCAGGUUCCUUUUAGGAAUACUGGGUGCUAUCACCAGGUUUGAUAGUUAGACUUAAAAACUUGAAAUUC